AUGGCAAAUUUCUGGUUUUGCUGCCUUCAACACCAGCUAGCCCAUAUCAUUAUGUGGUCCCAAAGACGUCAAACACAAUACACGUGUAGGAAAUAUUGCUUUGAUUGGAGAGAUCUUGCAAUUCAAUCCUCAACUUGUGAGGGCUACCAAUGCCCAAGGAAAUACUCCGUUGCAUUUGAUGCUCAGCGAGGCUGUUCUAUAGUCGUGAAGGUUCUACUCCAACAAGGAAACGAAAGUGGUGCAGAUGUCCUUAACAAGCUUGGAGAAACGGCUCUUUUCAAAGCUUACGAGAGCGGCGAUUUAGACACAGUGAAGAUGCUAUUCGAUGCAUAUCCAGGAGGUCUAAGCCAAAUGACAGGGAACGGAAGAACCUGCUUAUAUGUUGCAAUAGUCAAAGGAAAUAAAGAUCUGGUGAACCAUGUAUUAAAGUCGCAAGAUGCAAGAGAAUUAAUCAAGGUAAGGUACACAGAUGGCGAUACAGUCUUGCAUGUAGCUACAGGGAAAAGCUACGUGCAUAUAAUAAGGCAGUUAAUAGAGUUUGAACCCCAACUUUGUUAUUGGGUUAAUGACAACCAAGAACCACCACUUUGUAUGGCAGCGAAACUGGGGCAUCUUGAAGCAGUAAAAGAGUUGACAAAGUGCAGGCCAGAUGCUGUUGAAACACCAAAUAUUCAUGGAAUGAACGUGCUACACUUAACUGCCCAAGUUAGCCAAGUGAACCAAAAGGUGUGCUUAUCAGACAUUGUGAACCAGGGAGUUGAGAAGUCUCCAUACAUAAACAAUCAUAUUGCAGUAAGCUGCAACCAGGAAAGUGGAGGGAACAAAGCCGCUCAUAUUGCAGUAAGCUGCAACCAGGGAGUUGAAAAACCUCAAAUUGCAAUCAAUUAUUCUCCUUCAAAGAUGGAUACCAUGGAAAGUGGAGGAAAGAGAGCUGUGCAUACUGCAGUAAGCUUUAAUCAGGGGACUGAAAUGCCUCAAAUUGCAAUCAAUUAUCCUCGCCCAAAGAUAGAGGCCUUGGAAAGUGGAGACACGCCUCUGCAUAUAGCAGCAAGGAAGAAAAACUUUCGUAUGGUGGAGUCGCUACUGCAAAUACAAGGCAUAAACAAAGAUGCAGUUAACGAGGAAGGCUUGACGGCCCCGGACAUUGCAAGAGAGAACACAGAGCACCACGAAUCUCACAAGAUAAUUUCAAAGCUGGCUAAUUAUCCUCCUAAGGGAAGGCACUUCUUGUAUACCGCCUUAAAGGUAACCUCACAAAAGUACGAGAAUGCCAUUAACUUGGUGAACAAAGCAUACGAGGACAGGCGCCACACAGAAUUAGUGGUGGCAGUGUUGUUAGCCACAAUGUCAUUUACGGCAGCCUUCACCGUUCCGGGUGGUUUCCAGACGGAGGUAAGGAAUGGAGAGACACAGGAAAUGUUAGGCUCGCCGCUUCUGAUAGGAUUUGAAUCCUUUCAGGCAUUUCUCAUAUUUGAUUGUCUGGCCUUCUUUCUGUCCCUAUUUGUCGUAUUCAUCUGGCAUUUGAGUACACCUCUUAUCACGGGAGACAAGAUAAUGUUUCUCUGCAUAACCAACGUAAUUAUUUGCUUCAGCUUUGGCUUGACGGAGUUAGCUUUCAUCACUGCAGUGUAUUCCAUGCUUGUGCACAAGCUCAACAUGCUCGCUUGGUUUCUGAUUGGUUUCUUCACCAUCAUCUGCGGUUUUGGUAUUUUCCUUGUCAUCGACUGGAGUGUAAGGUUUACAGUGAAGAUGGCGAGAUUCAACCACCUGCACGGUAUAAUUCCUCUUGUUGCUGACCGUGUGGUGGAGUUUGUGUGGAUGAAGCUAGAACGUCUAGGGUAUUUUGACUGGUUGCACCGGAGAAAAAUCAAGUGGGACAGCAUCCUUUACUCUAAAUGCUAUAUGAAAUAUAAGGCUAAGCGUGAAUGUGGCUCUGCUGAAAAUGUUUAGGUGCAAUCUCCAAAUCAUUUUAUUGUAUGUCUUGGCUGUGGUGAUUAAGGUUUGAGGAAACUGCUUUUGAAAGUUCGUUAAAGUUUCUUUCUGGAGUUCUGAAGACUUGAACUUUGAAGCUUCCAGCUGCAAUCUACUGUAGUUUCUUAUUUUUAUGUAGUUUUGUUUGUAUUGAAGUCUAAUAAAUUGAAUGCUUGCUUAUUAUUGUGAAAAUAUUCUCUAU